AUGGUAGUUGCCUUGUCUUCCAGCAGACUUCCAGCGGGCUGGGAGGUUCGUCACUCGAACUCCAAGAACCUGCCCUACUAUUUCAACCCCGCGACCAAGGAAUCGCGCUGGGAACCUCCUGCGGACACCGAUACCGAGACACUCAAGGAAUACAUGGCAACUCACCACUCUGCAGCAACCCAGAAUGAUGUCGGUGGACAGGGAGAGGGCAAGAUCCGCUGCAGCCACCUGCUCGUGAAGCAUCGCGACAGCCGUCGCCCCAGCAGCUGGCGCGAAGCAGAGAUUACCCGGACAAAGGAAGAGGCUAUUGAAAUUCUGAAAGGGCAUGAGCGGCGCAUUCAGUCUGGGGAGGCCACUCUCGGUGACAUUGCCGUCUCCGAGUCCGAUUGCAGCAGCGCCAGGAAGAAGGGUGACCUUGGCUUCUUUGGCCAUGGUGAGAUGCAAAAGGAGUUUGAGGAUGCUGCCUUUGCCCUCCAGCCCGGUCAAGUCAGCGGCGUUGUAGAAACGGCCUCUGGAGUCCACCUCAUCCAACGUGUCCAGUAA